UUAAAGGGCCUUUGUGUGCCUUAACAGCAACACACAUUAUAUUUCUAUGAGAAUCCAUCUUUGACUCAUGAAAACGUUAUUUCUACUGCCAACCAUAGUGUUCUGUGUUCAUGCUGAGACCCGAUCAUUGUGUGCUGAAAGUGUCUCAAGUGGGGUCACACUGUGUCUGCAGGCCGGAUUUAUUGUUACCGGCCCCCGCACUUAUUUCUCAAACAAUGACCACUGCUGUCUAAUCACAGUCAACAAGUGCAGGAUGAAUUCAUAUCCCAGAUCCACUCUUGGGACACGGGCGGCUCCCGCGCUGAAGCUUCUAAUUGUUAUUAUAAGCGAAGUAUUUCCAUUAGAAAGACCAACAAAGCGCGCUAAUUAUGUUUGCGUUGCCCGGCAACUCCGCUGCUUCCUCCUUCACUAUAUAAACAGGGGUGGUGGGUUUGUUUUGUCAGUAUUCGUUUGGGGGAGAAGCUUCCAAAUCUGCUCCACAUUAUAGAAAGAUGACAUUUCUGCGAUAGGUUUUUGACCCAUUUCGGAAUCAUGCUGAAGGCUUUGGGGAAGUCCGGUGGGCAAACAGGGACUAAGAUUCUUCUGGAGGCCAUGUCCAAUGAUAAAGUCCACCUGGCCAGGUUCAUUCUGGACGCGCUGGAUGGGGAAAUCGUGGACUCCAGAACAGAGAGCGCACAGACCCCCCUGAUCUCUUCUAUCCUGCUCCCCGAUAGUCAGACUCGGUAUAAGUUUGUAGAGCUUCUGCUGCAGAGGGGGGCCAAUGUGAAUUGUCAGGACGGCAGCGGGCGCACCGCGCUCAGUUACGCCUGUGAGAAAGGCUGCCUCGAUGUUGUGAAGAUCCUGGUCCGGAACAAUGCAGACCCGGAGAUUGUGGACGCCUGGGGGAACACUGCGCUAAUGUACGCCGCCGUGGCAGGACACUCGCCUGUGGUUGAGUUUUUGGUGAGAGCCUUCAAGAGGCUGGGUCUUCAGAUAGACAGGCAGAAUAAAGUUGGCAACUCUGCUGUUGAAGUGGCAAAGUUUCUCGGCCACACAGAGUGCAUCUUCGCGCUCACCAGCAGCUCCAAGAAGGGCCGUGAGGCUGAGGGAGGCGCUCAGGGAACUGCGCAGCCGCGACUUAGUUUGACAUACGGAGAUGUAAAUGAUAGGUUUGAGAGGAAAGUUGGACAUUUAGUGAACAAACUUGAUGUCCCCCAAACGUGUAAUCGCGUAGAUUGCAAAUUGGUUCAAAGCUGCACUCGGCAAUCGAGGCCUCGGGGAAAGCAGAGUCAGCUGCCUUCGAUGGACUCUAUAGAGGAAUUUGAAAGAGAGAAUGACUGCUCCUCCUCGCCUGUACAGGAUCUGGUCUUCUCCGGAGUCCUAACCCCUAAACCCCCUCCGCGGACUUCCGACCCUUCUCCCAACUCUAAGCAUCCUAAAACCGGGGAAAGGUUGACCACCUCUGAUGACCAUCUCCCGCCUCUUAUACAGAGCUGUUGUGAAGCUCAAAAAUCUCUUUUCUUCUCACCCCGGUCCAGCAGAAACUGCCCCCAACCCAGCGCGCCCUCUGCCCUGGGCAUCUUACUGACUCCCAUUCUUCCCAACAAAAGUGAGAAUGACCCAGGGACAGAAAGACCAAAAAUGUCAGACUUCGGUGUGCGCAGAUUUCAUGACAGCUACUAUCAGAAAAGAUGUAGUCUGCCAACGAGUAUCCUCAGCCCCACACCUCCGGAGCGCACACUGGUUCCUUUGCGUAAAUCCAGAACCGUGAGGAUGCGCGAGGCAUCUCCCUGCAGGGCUGACCCUCUUCAGUUUACCGCACCAGCAGCCCCUACUUCGUCCACGACUUCAUCCACGACUUUCUCGGUGCUGAGCAACAAACUCUUACGCCGAUUUACCUCCCCGGAGUUUAAGAAGGACGUGAAAGAGUUGGAGGAGGCUUCGGUGUUGACUUCAGGACGGAUGCCACGAUCAGAAACUUUUCCUCAGAGCAUAAAACACCCCCAGGUGGGCAGUAAACCCAGCAUCGACAGCAUCAGCUCUGUCAAGUGCGAGUUUGACUUUCAUUUCAGAAUGCCAAACUCUUAGAAACCACAGUGCGUCAUGCGUAAAAGUAUUUGCUUGUACAUAUCCGCCACUAGUUUAAGACUAUCACGUUACCUUUAGAUCUUUCUACAUUAGAGAGAUAAUCUGUUUCACGCAGUUACGCUGCUUUUCUAAAUUCACCUCCAAAAUGUGUCUUGUAAUCCUUACUGACCUUCAAAACUCAAAUGGUUGCCUGCAAGUGAUCAGAGAAUCCAACAGCGUCGAUGUCUAAUGUUCUACAAUACAUCCACCCUGCAAAACCUUCUGUCGGUUUACGACGUUAUCAACCGAAGUAUAAAAGCUGUGAAAACGAACCUCGAGGCUUUUAACUACGACCGAGAAACCGAAAACCAAUUCAAAUUACUUUGCGUAAACUAUGUGCGUAAAAGCCAGCACCUGCCAGUUGGAUGCAGCUACACAACUGUCUAACUUCCAGUUUCAGUGUAUGUGGUUGUCCCUGUGUUCAGCAGCCUUUGCCACUCCUCUUGGAGUGGGUGGGGGUUGCAUGGAGGGUGGAGGGGUGAAGUGCAAUAAAUUAUUUCACCCUCAGCAUUUACUCGUGCUGUGGUAUAAAAUCUCUCAUGUCUCUAUAUCAUUCAGCAGUCUGUCAGUCUGUCAACUUCAAUUACUGCUUUUAACGGCUGCAAACAGCGAAUAAAAUCUCACUAUCUGAAA